AUGGCGACUGAAAUAGCAGAGUCACUAAAAUUUGUUGUUAGUGCACCGGGAAAGGUGAUAAUAUUUGGGGAGCAUGCCGCUGUAUAUGGCAAACCAGCAAUUGCAGCUGCCCUUAGCUUGAGAUGUUUUCUACUAGUUACUCCAUCAACAGGCGACUCCAACAUGGUGCGAUUAAAGUUUCCUGACAUAGGGCUAGACCAUUCUUGGGAUAUUUCAAGUAUACCUUGGGAGACUAUUAAAGCUAAAGUAAAAGCCGACUCUAAUGGGAAACCACAACCUCCCGCAGAGCUUGAUCCAGAAAUAGUUGACAGCUUAUCUCCCUUGUUAAGAAAUCUUGAUGAUAAUGUGCACUACAUCGCUUGUUUUUGUUUCUUAUACCUUUACACCAAUCUAUGCAGUCAAGAUUUGCAAGGAUACACUUUUGUGGUGAGGUCUACAUUACCGAUAGGAGCAGGAUUGGGUUCUUCGGCGUCCACAGCGGUUUGUCUUUCAGCGGCAUUAUCGAAGUUAGGUAAUUGGAUAAAAGAUCCCAAGCUUUCUAACCACGACCAUGUUCUGGAAUCUGAGAUACCUGAACUAGACUUUAUAGAUAACUGGUCACUAAUUGGUGAAAAAUGUUUUCACGGAAACCCAUCAGGUAUUGAUAAUGCAGUGGCGACACACGGAGGCGCAGUGAAAUACCAAAGGAUAUUGAACUCGACAAAAUCAUCUUUGAGAUCGAGUAUUAGAGAUUUUCCUCCUAUAAAAUUGUUAUUGACAAACACUAAAGUACCCAAGAGCACGGCAAAACUUGUUGCCGGUGUUGGAGAAUUGACCAAAGAAUUUCCAGACAUCACGAACCCCAUUUUGAAUGCAGUUGAAUUUAUAUCAGAACAGGCAUAUGAAGUUAUGCACCUACCUCAGUUUGGCAAACAAGAGACCGCUACUUUGCGCAAGUUGGUCAACAUGAAUCACGGUUUGCUCGUCGCUUUAGGUGUAUCACACCCAGCUUUGGAGACGGUAAAGAUCAUUAGUGAUAAGUAUAAUCUCGGAGCAACAAAAUUGACCGGCGCUGGAGGUGGAGGCUGUGCAAUUACAUUGGUAGACGAGAGUAUAGACAAGUCUGUUAUCCACAAUGCAAUGAAGGAAUACGAAAAUGAAGGUUUUGAGAGUUUUGAAACGUCAUUGGGCGGUAAAGGUGUUGGAAUGUUAUUUGAAGAUGAUUGUCAAGAAUCUGAAAAGUUUCUUUUCUCAUUAACAAAGUUUUGUGGAUAUAAAAAUCGUUUGGAAAUAGAGAAUGAUUUAGGAGUUGAAAAUGUCCUUGGAUGGAAGUUUUGGUAA